CAGGCAGCGGGGCCGGGGCCGCUUCCCUGCGGGCUGGGGGACGCGGGAGCUGCGUUUCCCGGCUGGAUGCGGCCGCCGGCAGCCGGGCGCGGCGUGACUCCUUGCGGGCUGCCCGCGUGCGCGCGGCGCGCCGCUCGCCUCGCACUCCCGGCACGAGCCGCCGAGCCCCGAACGGCGGCGCUGAGCGGAGCUGUCAGCCCCGGAGCGCUGUGGUGGUGCCUGCUGUCCGGGCGCUAUGCAUUCGGCCCCUGCCUGCCUGCAUGCACUGCUCGCCGCCGCGCUCAUCGCCGCCAGCAGCUCAGACUUGACUCCCCGCUUUACUUCUGAGCCCGUCUCUGCCGUCCAGAAGCCCGGUGGCCCCGUGGUGCUGCACUGCUCCGCUGAGCCCCCGACAGCUGGCAUCUCCUGGCUGCUGGAUGGAGAGCCGCUGGGCAGCGGGCUGCCAGGGGUGCAAAUCCAGCACGGGUCUCUGAGCAUCGCCUCCCUGAGCACGGCGACGGCUGGCCGCUAUCAGUGCGUGGCCAGCAGCAGCGCGGGCGCAGUUCUGAGCAGGGCUGCGGUGGUGUCCAUGGGCAGUUUGGCUCACUUCGCCCCAUCGCCGACACCCGUCGUUGUGGCAGAGGAAGGAGGAACGGCGCUCAUUGGCUGCGCGGUGCCGCAGAGCAACCCCAGAGCUCAGAUCCGCUUCCGAGCGCGAGGGAAGUGGCUGCAGCCCACAGGUGAGGAGCAGCGCCCAGCGGCGGCCGUGGGGCUUUAUGGAAGGGACUCCGAUGCUGCAAAUAAGUACCUAAUUCUCCCGUCGGGAAACCUGCAGAUCCUCAAUGUGUCCAUGGAGGACAGGGGGUCCUACAGGUGUGCUGCUUACAACCCCGUCACUCACGACCUCAGAAUAGAACCCACCGGGAGGAAGCUCGUCGUCACACGUUCCUCCGCCGCACAGCCCCGCAUUCUGCACCCCCGGCAGCCGCAGGCGCUGGCCGUGCCGCAGCGCAGCCCGCUGACCCUGGAGUGCGUGGCUGCAGGGCUGCCUGCGGCCGCCGUGCGAUGGCAGAGGGACGGCCGGGACGCGCUGCGCGGGGGCAGGUGGGCCCUGCAGCACUCCCACCUGGUGACGGAGGGGCUGCAGCCCGAGGACUCUGGGAACUACUCGUGCGUGGUGGGGAACGGGCUGGGGGAGGUGACGUACGUCAACUACUCGCUCACCGUGCUCGAACCUGUCUCGAUUUCCAAAGGACUGCAAGAUGAGACUGUGGCCAUCGGCACGACGGUGUCUUUGCGGUGCGCUGCCCACGGGAGCCCCGCUCCAGCCCUCACCUGGCUGCACAACGCUGCACCCCUCCGUGCUUCCCCGCGGCAUUUCCUGCAGGGGAGCAGCCUGCAGAUCCGUGGUGUCACCGUGCAGGACUCCGGUGUGUACCAGUGCGUCGCAGAUAACGGCGUUGGCUUUGCGCAGUCGGCCGGGAGGCUUCACGUGCAGGCAGGAGUCGGCCCGAAAGCAGAAGAAAUGGCUCUCACAGAGACUGCCCAGAGUGAUGAAAGCCGCAGAGAUUCUGGUGUGGAAGCAGCGUUUCCCAGCUCAGCUCCACCAAAGCUGCCUUUGGACACGGCUGCAACAGACAAACCGUGGGGCAGCAUCUCCCCCCCCGAGGCGCCCAUCAUCCUCAGCCCCCCACAGACGCUCAGCCCAGAUGUCUACACCUUGCUGUGGCGGUCGGGGCGGGACGGCGGCCUGCCCAUCAAUGCCUACUUUGUGAAGUACCGCAAGCUGGAUGACGCUGUGAGCACAGCUGGCGGGUGGCACACCGUGCGCGUCCCGGGCAGCGAGAACGAGCUGCGGCUCAGCGAGUUGGAGCCCUCCAGCCUCUACGAAGUGCUGAUGGUGGCCAGGAGCGCUGCCGGCGAAGGCCAGCCUGCCAUGCUGACAUUCCGCACCAGCAAAGAAAGAACGUCAUCCUCAAAAAACACGCAGGCUCCGUCCCCGCCGGCGGGCAUCCCAAAGCACCCCGUUGUCCACGAAGAGACCAACAGUUUUGGAGUGGUGCUCCCCGACGCAUCUCGGCACAGCGGAGUUCCAGAGGCUCCCGACCGUCCCACCAUCUCCACCGCAUCCGAAUCCUCCGUCUACGUCACCUGGAUCCCCAGAGCAAACGGCGGCUCUCCCAUCACAGCCUUCAAGGUGGAGUACAGGCGGGUGGGCCGGAGCGGCGACUGGCUGAUUGCAGCCGACAGCAUCUCUCCUUCCAAGCUGUCCGUGGAGGUCCGCAGUUUGGAGCCAGGAGAGAUGUAUAAGUUCCGUGUGAUCGCUGUGAACAACUACGGGGAGAGCCCCCGCAGCGCCGCGUCCCGCCCCUACCAGGUCGCAGGCUUCACCCACCGCUUCUCCAGCCGCCCCAUCGCCGGGCCCCACAUUGCUUACACUGAAGCCAUCAGUGACACCCAGAUCAUGUUGAAGUGGACGUACAUCACAUCGAGCAACAACAACACCCCCAUCCAAGGGUUUUACAUCUAUUACCGGCCCACGGACAGCGACAACGACAGCGACUACAAGAGGGAUGUUGUGGAAGGCACAAAGCAGUGGCACCUGAUAAACCACCUGCAGCCAGAAACCUCGUACGACAUAAAAAUGCAGUGCUACAACGAAGGUGGUGAAAGCGAGUACAGCAACGUGAUGAUCUGCGAGACGAAGGUGAAGCGCAUGCCAGGAGUGUCUGAAUACCCAGCGAAGGAGCUGAGCACCCCACCCAGCCCCCCCGAGCGGGCGGGGGGCAGCGGGGGUCCAUCCUCCGGCCCGGUGCGGAGCAGUGAUAUGCUGUACCUGAUCGUGGGCUGCGUGCUGGGCGUGAUGGUCCUCAUCCUGAUCGUUUUCAUCGCCAUGUGUCUGUGGAAGAACCGCCAGCAGAACGCCAUGCAGAAGUACGACCCUCCUGGCUAUCUGUACCAAGGGGCGGAGAUCAGCGGGCAGGUGAUCAAAUACACGACGCUGCCCGGCACGAGCCGCGUCAACGGCAGCGUCCACGGCAGCUUCAUCGGCAGCAGCGCUGGCAGCGGCUGCCCGCACCACCACAAGGCGGGCGGGGGGCUGGACGUGGCUGUGAGCCGAGCGGUCGGGCUGCACGGCGGCUCCCUGCCCGGCGCCCACCUGGACUGCGAGCGCGCCCACCGCCUGCUGAACGGCGGGGGGCUGCACGCAGCACUGCCCCAGGCGGAACCAGAGUGCAUCAGCUGCAGGAACUGCCGCAACAACAACAGUGUGCGUCCAAAGGAGCUGAGCUGGAGUUCAGCCGUUCCCAAAGGCUGAAAACUUGCAUGCUUCAUCUUUGUGGUUUUACCUCUGAAAAUAGAGCUCAAAAUGGCAUCGAAAUGCUUCAUCCUCCCAUUACAGACAUGCAGGGAUCGAGGUCACCCUGGGGCUGUCCCAGAGCCGUGGUGCUGUGAGCUGGGGGACGCAGUGGCACAGAGGGGGGCUGUGGUGGCCUCAGGGUGGGGAGGGGCUGCGCUGAGCAGAGCUGUGACACCAAUGGGGAUGGAGCGGCCAUCACUGCAAACCGGCUGCAGCAAUGGCAGUGACUGGGAUGUGUGCAACUGGCUGUCGUUUGGAACGGUUGUAUGUGCUACGCUGUAAUUAAUAGCCUGUUUCCCAGUUUUAAGCAUAUUUACAUUCUUAAUUACUCUUUUUUCUUAAGAAAAAGGAGAGAAUGAGUUCCAUCCCACGCGACUGUGAUGUUCCUCCAGCAAUGGCUGAACUUUGACUUCUCAGCCCUGCUCUGUGUGACACAAACGACAAAGUGUCCCCUCCAGCUGCAGCCCCGGAGGGAUGGGGCACAGAGGGCACAUGGGGGGCAGCGGGGUGGGUCUGGCUUUGCCUCGGUGUUGUUGGAGGUUGGGCAUGCAGUGACCUUUUAAAUCCGAGCACGCUUUAGAGCUGGUGAGCACGGACCGUGGAGGGGUUCAGUGUUACAGCGAUGGAAUCCUCUGCUCUUUGGUUCUUGCUCGUGGAGCUCUGCCAGAGGAGGGGGCUGCCGGGCUGUGGGCGCCCACUUUGCGGUGGUGGACAAAGCCGGGGAGACGAGCGUGGUUUGUGCUGAUUGCGUCGGGGUUCAAAGCAGAUUUCUUUUUGUUGCGGAUCUCUGGUGCUUUUGCUCUGAUGCUCCCUGGGUCCUCGAUGGUUCCGAGGCGUUCUGCUCCUGUCGGUUCCCUUUGGCACGCGCUGUGUUCCAUCAGAGAUCUGCACACACAUCCCGAGCAGCGGCCCUUCGGGUUGGAGGGCUGUGCACGAUGGCUGGUAGGAUUGUAGUGCUGAGAAUGGAUGCAAGGCGUGUUUUCUGCAGCAGAGAUUUUCCAUUGCUGCUCCCUCUGGGCACGCCCAUGGCCAGUUUCCGUCAGAAUGUGGUUUUUAAGCUAAAAAAGCUGACCUGCUGUCUUGGAGCUCCAUUCAAGCCAGUGGAGUAAUACAAAGCGCUGCACUGACCUCUGUGUCUUUAAAAAGAAAGUCCCAUAAACAUGCAAACCAAACAUCUUAAAUGGGUUUCUCUAAGAAUUCUUUAAAUAAUGAGUGAGUGUAGUCAAAACCUCUGUGGAAAGAAAUGCAAACUAAUAAAUGGAUUUGUUUGAAGCCCAGAUGUGUUUCAUGUGGAUUCUUCAGUGGCUUUUGUGGUAUUUUGGUACUUGGAAUAAUGAUCUGGAGGCGGCUCAGGGCGGAAGGACGGAGCGGGGAGCGGGGAGAGCCAUGCAGGAGCUCCAUCCCGCCCCGACGGCACUGCGGGGUCAGUGGGCACAGCAGGACGGCCGGGGGCUCUUUGCAGCCUUCGUGGCCCUGUGCUGGCUGCAGGUGGGCGCCGUCGCUUCAGCUUAUGUGGGGGGAAGAAGCACUCUGGAAAGGGAUCCUCCCAGCAGUUGUAGGGUAAGCAUGCAGGGUCGCACACGGUGAGGGCUCGGAGCCCACGUGGGCUGUGUGGGUGCCAGCUCUGAGCACCAGCACCUGGGCAGUGCAGUAAGCAGCCGUAAGCAGCAAUGUGUGCUGAGAUGGAAGGGCUCAUCGCCGGGAGCAGGGCAGGCGACUGUUCCAUUUAGGCUUGGCAGCAAAGAAAUGCUCUGAGUUGUGUCCGUUUGGCACAAGGGCUUAUAAUCUGUGCGUGGAGUUGGGAGCCUGUUCAGCUUCCCUUCAGUGCCUGGGAGUCAUGCUGGGCUCACACGUAACACAGAGCUGUGCUCCGUCCGUGGGGCAGUGCUGGAGGCAGUGCUGGGGUCGGGUGGAUGGGUGCAAGAACUGCAGGCAGGUGAGAAGGGCACGGUGACAGCACUGCACUGCAUGCCGGGCUCCUUGCUUCCGCACUCCCUGCGUACCCAUCCAGGGAGCGCACUGGGGGUGCUUUCCUGGUCUAUGGCAGCUAUACAAGUGAACCUUUUACUUCUGUGGUAAUUAUGGUUUUCUAUAAAACCACUGUGAAGUGUGAUUUUGGGCUGUCGUGCAUAGGAUUUGCUUGUAUAAAUGUUCGCUGCGUCCACAUUGUUAGUGGAGCUGCAGACACUGCAGGCAUUUUCCCUGCCUGCUGCAGUGGCGUGGUGUCCGUUAAGGAAUCGAGCUGCUUUCUGAGGAAGGUUAAAUACCUUGGCUAUUACAGUUCAUUUCGCAGCCUGACUCUGAUUUCACAGCCCUGUGUGUCUCACGGGGUCGCGAUCUGAGCUGCACCGCGCGGGAUUUUGCCUUUAUAGUGCUGAAUGUAUUUUUGUAGUUUGCGUCCACUCUGAUAACACUUCAGCAUUUGUUUUCCAAGGCACUUUGGUUUGUUGCUUGGGUUUCAAACCUGAGCUCUUUCUGUUGGCGGUGAAAGGCCGCCGUGUGGGGCUGCCCUGGUGGAGACCUGCAAGUCAAUGGUCGGGUCACAGCGGACAGGGGAAGCAACUGAGCAAAUGUUUGCAGUGUUUCCAGCUGUCUGUUGGGAGAAGAAACGCUUGAUCCUUCUCUUCAUGUUAGGAUUGAUCCAAAAAUACAUUCAGAACUCACUUGGCAAGAACUCUACAGUAAAUAACACAUGGUGAAGUACUUAAAAGUCACAGUUUCUCAUGCUAAGUUGAGUGGUAGAAAGGGAAAAUGUGCAGAUGAUCAGGGCUCACAGCAACUCCUGGUAUCCCACUCAUGUUGGAUAUGAGGAACAAUCUCUCCUCCAAAGAGCAGCGCUGCACUGCACAGCUGCCCAGGGAAAGGAAGUCACCAUCCUGGGGCGUCGCAGAGCCGUGGGGAUGUGGCACUGAGGGUUGUGGGCAGUGGGCACGGGGGGUGGGUUGGACUUUGUGAUCUGGGAGGUCUGUUCCUACCUUAAUACUCUGUGGUUGU